AUGCCCAGUGGGGGGGAGCUUGAGUUGUACUUGAGGAAAUACAUACAGGUAGCCCAUGAUAUCACCUUGGAACAUGCUGCCCUUUUCUUGUCUUUCCGAGAAGCCCAGCUAGCGACUAUCACUGCAGAGAAAGGGUGCGAAGCACCUGAAGCUAUAGAUCAUCUUAAUACAUCAAUCAACACUUUGAGGGAUUCUGCAAACAGCCUGUUUGUUAAUGACAAAAGUCUGCGCCAGAGAAUCCAAGACAUAAAUGACAGUAUGACAGACAAAAUCCCAAUGAAGAUAAACAUCGACAAGACAAAGAAUGAAAUCAUGGAUUACAUGCGUCUUUACUUCCCCAAUGUGUGUGGGUAUGUGAAUAUCCGUCGCCGGCGGGUUGGCCUGCGGCUGCUGCCGAGCCCAUCGAGCUGGAUCCGUCGUUUCUCACGCGUGGGAGGUGGUGCUGCUCGGGCGAGCUCCUCCGUUCUCGACCACGCCGCGCCGAUGACGCCCUGCUCCCUCUUGUUCCCUCCUCCAUCCCCCGAGCACAACUUCGACGAUCUUGUCAACCGGCGAGCCCUGUGUCCCUACUGCUGCAUCACCCCCCCGUCCCAUCCCCUACCUCUGCUGCCACCAUCGCAGUUGCCCCCAGCGCCUGUGCCGAAGGCCGCCCUGCAGGAAAUCCCUUCUCCGGUCGAUGUAGUCUGUGCCUCCCACGAUCACAUCAACAGAGGUCCCCCGUGCGGGCUCCCGUCGUCGCUCCCUGAGAAUCUCGUGGCGCACGCAUUGGAGCAGUUUAGUUUCUGUUGUGUGGGCGUGAGUUGCUGUGUGAGCCCCAAAAAAAUGACUUUUAUCAACUGUUGGGUAUUUGUAUAAAAACAUUGUUUAUAGAAAUUUGUUGUGUUUAUUAAAAAUACAGAAGUUCACCAUGGGAAA